GGGCAAGCUGGCCUGGGGUGUCCACUGGUGUCCGUUCUUGGUCUAGACUACCCCGGAUCUCCCCACGUGAUCGGCGCCCUUUCGCAGACUCUGCGGACGUCAUCGUCUGCUCCAUUUUCUCCUUUGCGUCUCCAUCUCUCGCCGCUUGCAUGCUGUCGUCAGAUUCGGGUUGUUCUCUUCGCAUCUAGACUAUAGAGCAGAGUAUUGAUUGGGAAUCUGUCCCAAUCGCUCUCUCGUCCGCACAGACCCGGACAUGUUUCCCGCAGUCACUGGCAAUAUAGAUCUAGAGGCCCUGAGUGGCAUAUGUGGAUCAAUCUCCAUUGCGUGUUGGGUGGUCGUCUUCUCCCCGCAAAUCAUUGAGAAUUUCCGUCGCGGUUCCGCAGAUGGCCUCUCUCUUCUUUUCCUCAUCGUCUGGCUCGCUGGCGAUGUGUUCAAUAUCCUCGGUGCCGUUCUGCAGGGCGUCUUGCCAACCAUGAUUAUUCUCGCGGUGUACUACACCCUAGCCGACAUUGUCCUCCUCGCCCAAUGCUUCUAUUACCGGGGCUUUAUCUUGCGGGACGAGCCAUCCACGCCGCCGCGGCCCUCCUCGCCCAUUCCUGCAGAAGAAUCCUAUGAUGAAGAUACGGAGAUCCCCUCGCCUGUCAUGCCUCGGAAGCCAACUGAGCAGACCGCUUUACUUUCGUCCAAACAGCGCAGCGUCUCCUGCCAGGCUCCUCUCGGCGGCCCUAGUCCAGCAUCAUCCACAACCAUUACCCCCCAACACCACCAGCCAUUGCUCGCUCAUCGCCGUCAUUCCGCCUCUUCCUUCCUUCAUAUCGCCGUGGACGGGACCCACCUCUCCCCGGUAACUCCGUUCGUCGAACGGACCAAAGAACCCCGUCCACCACGGGCCCUUACGGUGCUCCAGUCUGUCCUCUUCAACGGGUCCGCCAUCAUCAUCGUCUGUGCCGCAGGCUUCCUCGGCUGGUAUAUCAGCCAACGCUCAUCGCUCUCCUCCGAUGAAGACGACAACCGCGACGACAACCACACCGAUGACCUUACCAUGGACCCCCUGGGGCAAGUCUUCGGCUAUCUCUGCGCCGUGCUGUACCUCGGAUCCCGCCUGCCCCAGAUUCUACUCAACUACCGACGGAAGUCCACCGACGGGGUCUCUUUGCUGUUCUUCCUCUUCGCGUGCAUCGGCAAUCUGACGUACGUGCUCUCAAUCCUGGCGUAUUCGCCCGUCUGCGAGCACGAGAGUUCGUCACGUCAUGGAAGGUGUCGGCCGGACGAACUGGCGUCGCUCUAUGGCCAGUACAUACUGGUCAACUUGUCCUGGCUGAUUGGCAGCUUCGGGACACUGCUACUGGAUAUGUGCAUCUUUAUCCAGUUCUUCUUAUACCAAGAUAGCAAUGGGGGUGAUGUAGACGUGGAACGAAGAGAGUGAGGGGAUCCUUUCUCUCAUUAUUCCUCCUUCUCAUUUUUUAUUCUCCUCUCCUAUCUUUCAGAACCAGAAAGAAGAGAUCAUAAAAGGUGUUUGUGGCAAGAUUGGUUCCUAUUACUAUUGCUCUUUGCUUCAUCGACGAUAAAAGCAUCAUGAUUGAUUCUGGCGUCUGGUUGGCUUCUCGGAUUUUUCUUCGUGUAGAUAUAUACUACUAUAUCUUUCUACUAUAUAUAUUUAUUUGGAAUCCUAUCGGGCUUGGACUGUCUUCUAAGUUCGACAUCGUCUUUUAACAAGC